UGUUCUUGAUCUACAAGGAACCCAUUGAAAUUCACUCGAUCCCAUCAUCCGGGUCUAUUUUAUAUCGAUCAUAAACCUUGGUUAUCAAUUAUUUAUUCUAAUUUUCCAGUUUCUUUUGUGGAUUGCUUUCCGGUCAGAGUUUCAAAAUUGAGUUUUGGUGGAACCCAUAUGGGAUUAAUGGAAGACUCUCGGGGCGAAUUAGUGAGUCGGAUUGCCGAGUUAGUGAAGGAGAUCUCCAGGUUGCCCGAGUGCAAGAACAUAUGCAAGAGGAUGCAUGGAGAUUUGGUACGUAGAAUCAAGUUGUUGAGCUCUUUGUUUGAGGAAUUGAAGGAUGGCAGUGAAGAAUUUGACGAAGAAGAGAUUCGAGGAUUUGAAAUGCUUAAGAUCGCUUUGGAUUCGUCUAAAGAGCUUCUCCAGUCGGUCAACGGAGGGAGUAAGCUCUACCAGGUUUUGCAAAGGGAGAAUAUUGCAUAUAAAUUCCAGGAAAUGACAGAACAAAUUGAAGAAGCAUUAAGCCAAAUUCCUUAUGAUAAGCUUGAGUUAACAGAGGAAGUUCAAGAACAGAUUGAACUUGUGCAUGCACAGUUCAGAAGAGCAAAAGAGACACCUGACUCACCCGAUUUACAACUGGACCUCGAUUUAGCGAUAGCACAAAAAGAAAGAGAGACUGACCCUACAGUAUUGAGAAGAAUUUCGGAAAAAUUGCAACUCAGGACCAUCAAUGAUCUAAAAAAAGAAUCACUCGCGAUCCAUGAACUGGUUGUCGCAAGUGCUGGGGAAGCAGGUGAUGGUGUUGAGAAAAUGUCAUCCCUCCUUAGGAAGCUAAAGGACUGUGUGUCAGUCGAAAGCCCUGAAGGUGACACUUCUGAGGGUGAAAAAAUAUUUCUCAGACACAGAUCUCCUGUUAUCCCUGAUGAUUUCCGGUGCCCAAUAUCGCUUGAACUGAUGAAAGAUCCAGUUAUCGUUUCAACUGGACAGACAUAUGAAAGAUCAUGCAUUCAGAAAUGGCUGGAUGCUGGACAUAGAACCUGUCCCAAAACGCAGCAGACUCUGUUGCACACAGCAUUGACACCUAACUAUGUUUUGAAAAGUCUAAUUGCUCUUUGGUGUGAGAGCAAUGGUGUUGAGCUGCCAAAAAAUCAAGGGAAUUGUAGAACCAAAAAACCAGGAGGCAGCGUUUCAGACUGUGAUCGAAAUGCUGUUGUUAUCUUACUAGAAAAAUUGGCAAAUGGUAAUCCAGAACAACAGAGAGCUGCUGCUGGUGAGCUACGGUUGUUAGCAAAGAGGAAUGCAGAUAAUAGAGUAAGCAUUGCUGAAGCUGGAGCCAUUCCCCUACUUGUUGAGUUAUUAUCUUCCGCAGAUCCUCGCACUCAAGAGCAUGCUGUGACAGCUCUUCUCAACCUUUCCAUAAAUGAUAGUAAUAAGGGAAGUAUAGUAAAUGCAGGAGCCAUACCUGAUAUAGUAGACGUGCUGAAAAAAGGCAGCAUGGAAGCCAGAGAGAAUGCAGCAGCCACACUUUUUAGUUUAUCUGUUGUAGACGAUAAUAAGAUGUCUAUAGGAGCAGCUGGAGCAAUCCCAGCUCUCAUACAGUUGCUUUGCGAUGGGACACCACGAGGAAAGAAGGAUGCUGCCACUGCCAUAUUCAAUCUCUGCAUCUAUCAAGGCAACAAGGCAAGGGCUGUGAAGGCUGGCAUUGUGACACCAUUAGUGAGAUUCUUAAAGGAUGCUGGAGGCGGAAUGGUGGACGAAGCAUUGGCAAUUCUGGCUAUUCUCGCUGGUCACCAAGAAGGAAAGACUGCAAUUGGUCAAGCUGAGCCGAUCCCGGUCCUAAUGGAAAUUAUAAGAACUGGGUCACCACGAAACCGGGAGAAUGCUGCAGCCAUAUUGUGGUCACUGUGCACUGGUGAUUUGGUACAAUUGAAUGCAGCAAGGCAACUCGGUGCGGAAGAGGCAUUGAAGGAACUGUCUGAAACUGGCACUGAUAGGGCCAAGAGAAAAGCUGGAAGUAUAUUGGAACUGCUCCAGCGGAUUGAUGUGGUUAGUAAUCUCUGAAAUGCAAGUUUCAAUGGUUUACACUUGUUUGUGGGUGGGAAAUAUAGUUUUAGUUGACAUGUAUAUGUAAGAAAAUUGUGUAUGGGUUUUGAUGAAACUAGCAAUGACUAUGCUCUUUCAAAAUGACAGGAGAUUAACAAGUGCAUAAUAUUUGGUUU